AAACAUCUCGCUAAUCAUCAAUUUCCUGCGCGACGACCUCGAAGACAAUCGCGACCUGGAGAUACAGACGUUGGAUAAGAUAAAGCCUGCAAAACCAGAGUUUAAUUUCGAGAGGUCUGUGGUCUGCUACCCGGGGAGAACCUUUAGUAAGUCUGAGACCGUGAGUCCCGACCAAACUCCCAAGUCUGAGCCAGUCGACUUAGACCCUUUUGGAAUUGAUGUCGCGCAAAGCUCAUCCGAUGACGAAUUUAUUGAUAAUGCAAGUGACUCAUCUAUCUGAGCAGGAAAAAAAAAAUUUAACAAUUUUCCAGCCCAUUUACCAUGCUUGAAUCUCACGACACGCAGCUGUUCCGCACACCUGUUUCGAUUCUCACAAUCCCCAGGGACAGAUUCUGGUUGUUCAAGAGCGGUGUGCUGGAGAUUUUGUACAAAUUAAUUGACAGUCUGGAGGGUCAGAGUGAUACUGACGAAGAGAGUGGAGACGAAAAACAUCUGGUAAAUUCCGUGCACUCUUUGAUCGUCCAGAGGAAUGAUACCGGCGAGCAGGACUCGCUGAACUCCGAGGACGACGGCCUGUUCUUCCACCUGGCUUUUACUCCUGAGGAGGUGACCUUCAUGUGUAGCACGAGUCUGAUCCGGAAAUACCUUUCCAAGCCGUUGUCUCUCAAUAAACAAGCCCAAUUGGGCGCAACACUAAUUGACGAGGAGUUUUUGGUUCUGCAGGUUUUGACUGAAGGCACCAUCAUUGGCAAAAAAAUCCUGGAAUUGACUGCCCCUCUUUCGGAGCAAGGAAUUCCUAUUUUCUUCAUUUCCAAUUACUUCAGUGACCUCGUGCUGAUACCAGCUGACCAUAGGACUGCAGCUGUUGAAAUAUUGGAAAAGUCGCAGUAUACAGAUACCAGCAAAUUAGAACAGGAGACGUUCCAAUUAUUCAGAUCGAGCUCGGUGAAGCCCGUGCUGAACACAGAUGUGAAGAUUCUGCUAACAGGAGCUCGUCCUGGAGACUCUUCGCUAGUUCUACGACAGACUGUGGAGGCUCUGUCAAGGUACAACACCGAACAGAGCGGCACAAAGCACUCGUUCUUGGCAUAUUUUGCACUUACCAGAACGCCCACCGAGGACAUUGGGUUGCUACUGCCUCUCGCAGAUGACGAGAUGGCCAAAGUAAAUUAUUCAAGAGCCACAAUUUUGGGAUCGUUGCAGGACUUCUAUUUCCCGUUGUUCAUCAACCUGAAAACGCUUCCUUUGGACUUGAAGGGCAUUGUUGCUGGUGUUGCGUCGAAACUGUUGAAGCUCGGGCUGGACGAGAUGAGCUACGUCAGUUUGGGACGUUCUGCCGUUGUGCUGGUGCCUGACAACUUCCAAGAUACAGUUCAGAAAAUGCUGGAAUCCAUGUGAUCGACGCGUCAGUCGACCUUGACCGGAGUUUUGAAAGAGUUUCCAUCUUCUCCAUUCCCCGGCCAAAAUUGUGCAUUUCCUGAGGGCCUUAUUACCGCUUCGGUCGAGCUGUAUAUAAGCAGCAACAUCCGCCGCUGGUUGAAACCCAAUGCGUCGCUCAAGUCUGUGGUCUGUCCAGGAUGAUCAGCUGCUACUCUUUCUAAAAGAUAACAGGAAUUUGGGGUGGAAACGAAUCUCUACGUACUUUAAAGGGCGCACGUCGAACGCGUGCCAGUUUAGAUGGCGGCGUCUCAAAAGCACUCGCGUGAGAACGUUGGAGUGUCACGAAACCAGCAUAGUUGCCAAACCGUUGAGUCGGAUACGGCGUUUGGACAGCACCGAACCAAGUGUCUUGCAAGCUCACGUCAACGUCAGCAUAAUCGGCUCGCGCAAGAGCAGAAUCAUGAAAAUUAGUAGUUUAUGUGAAUGAUACAUGUUUCAUUCCAUAAUUAUUUACCGAUAACUAUUAAUUAAAUACAGAAAUAAU